UAAAUUUCAUUAUUUCUAUUUUGUACAUUGUACAAAUAAACUAGACUUGAUACUCCAAAAAUAACCCUUUAUUUAAAAUUUAUGGCAGUUUUAACUCAUAUUUCAUAUUAUCUGAUUUGUUUACUAUAAGUUACAGUUGAAAAAAUUGAAAAUGAAUGUAAUUUUAGCUGUCAAACAAUAUGUUAGUAAAAUGAUAGAAGGAUGCGGAGGGGGAAUGAAAGUACUUCUCAUGGACAGGGAAACUACCAGCAUCGUAAGCAUGGUGUAUGCUCAGUCUGAAAUCCUCCAAAAGGAAGUAUAUUUGUUUGAAAAGAUAGAUGCCGCUGGAAGAGAAACAAUGAAGCAUCUCAACUGUAUAGUUUUUCUUCGGCCAACCAAGGAAAAUGUCGAUUUACUGGCACAAGAACUUCGCAUGCCUAAAUAUGGUCUUUACUUUAUCUAUUUCAGUAACGUUAUAAGUAAACAAGACAUAAAAGUACUAGCAGAAGCUGAUGAUCAAGAGGUGGUUAGAGAAGUUCAGGAAUUUUAUGGAGAUUAUAUAGCAGUAAACCCCCACUUAUUUUCACUUAACUUGACUGGCUGCUGUCAGAAUUUGGCGUGGUCACCACCUGUUUUAUCACGUACCAUUCAAGGGCUUGCAUCUGUGCUCCUAUCCUUAAAAAAAUGUCCAAUGAUCCGCUAUCAAAACUCCUCAGAGAUGGUUCGUCGGCUGGCAGAAAGUGUCAGGCAAGUAAUAAGCAAAGAAGCUGCACUCUUUGAAUUCAGAAAGACUGAUGUUGCUCCUGUUCUGCUUAUCUUAGACAGACGAGAUGAUGCUGUUACACCAUUAUUAAAUCAGUGGACAUACCAGGCGAUGGUGCAUGAGCUACUCACCAUCAACAACAACCGCAUCAAUCUGUCCUCUGUUCCUGGCAUCUCUAAAGACCUGCAGGAAGUUGUUCUGUCAGCUGAGCAUGAUGAGUUCUAUGCCAAUAACAUGUACAUGAAUUUUGGUGAAAUUGGAUCAAACAUUAAAGAGUUGAUGGAGGAGUUUCAGAAAAAAUCAAAAAGUCAAGCCAAAGUGGAGUCAAUAGCUGACAUGAAGGCUUUUGUUGAGAACUAUCCCCAAUUCAAGAAAAUGUCUGGAACUGUUUCCAAGCAUGUGACCAUUGUGGGGGAGUUGUCUCGCCUUGUUGGAGCCCAUCAGCUGCUAGAGGUCUCUGAGGUAGAACAGGAAAUUGCCUGUCAGGGAGAUCACUCUGCCCUACUUCAGCGUAUCCGAGCACUGCUGGCCAGUGACAAACUGCGGCAGGCCGACAUGUUGCGGCUGGUGAUGCUGUAUGCGCUCAGGUAUGAAAGUCACAGCAACAAUGAUGUGUCGGGUCUGAUGGAAGUGCUCAGACAAAACAAUAUCUCUCCAGAAAACAGAGCACUUGUCCAGAAUGUUCUGGACUAUGGUGGCAAGAAAGGCAGGGGAAGUGACCUGUUUGGUAACCAAGAUGCUGUUGCCAUUACAAAAAGACUUCUCAAAGGCUUAAAGGGUGUGGAGAAUGUCUACACACAGCACAAGCCAUUGUUGUUUACACUGCUAGAUCAGCUGAUCAAGGGGAAGCUGAAAGAGGCCAGUUAUCCUUACCUUGGAACUGGACAACUCAAAGACAGACCACAAGAUAUCAUAGUGUUCAUUGUUGGUGGCUGUACCUACGAGGAGGCAUUAGUGGUCCAUAACUUCAACAGGACUGUGCCGGGGGUGCGCAUCGUACUUGGUGGGACAUCAAUCCUCAACUCUAAAAGUUUCAUACAAGAAAUGAUCCUGGCUUUGAACAAUUCAAAUCCUGCUGGACGGCUGGCAAGACAAUAAAAUAUUAGCAGUUUACCUUUCAACACCUGUGUAAUCAUUCAUGAAAAUAAUGUAAGCAGAUUACAACUACAAUGUGAUGUGUGAAAAUCAUUCCAAAUUUUCAUUGGCUGUCACUAUUCAAGCUGUAAUUGAAUAUUAUUCAUGCUAUUUCUUUUAUAAGAACUUGAUGAAUCAAUUAUAAUUGAAUAUUAUUCAUGCUAUUUCUUUUAUAAGAACUUGAUGAAUCAAUUAUUAAAAAUUUUAAUUAACGACAGUGGCAUUUUGUUGCUCAAGUUUAAACUAGAGUCUGCUAACGAAGAGUAUUUAAGUGGUCAGCUUGCUUUUGUUGUCUGAUGUCAUAAAGAUUGUUUAUUUAAUGCUAUGUACAAGUGCAAUACAAUUCCAGUUAUAAAACAUGUGAAACUACUAAUCUUUGAAUGUAUUUUGUCAUCCCAAUCUGAAAUCAAAUGUGUUUUUUUUAAUUAUUGAAUUUAACUUAUUUGGUAGUGAUUGUUUAGUGAUAUUAAAAUUUAUUGUUUAUUAUGAAAUUCUAAUACCGCUUUACACUUGCGACAUGUAUACUAUACAUGUCUAGAAAAAAAAAGGGCCUAAGAUAAUAGGGGAGCCUACUCACUUAUUGCGAAGUUUUUUUUUUCUAGACAUGUAUAGUAUACAUGUCGCAAGUGUAAACGCGGUAUAAUGAAACCUGAUGAGAAUAUAACUAAUUAAUCUUAGUUUUCUAGUUUGUUUCCUAUCUUAUUGACCCUGUGUAAUUAUAAAUCCCAGACUUUGAUUUGAUAUUGUUCUUGUGGGCUGACAUGUUGUAGUGUUUAAAUGAUAUCGGAUAGUGUUUAAAAGAUCUUGUGUUGUUUAAAUGGUUGCCAUUCAAUUCUUGCUAUGUUUAAAAGAAUUGUGCGAUUAUAUUUUUAAUUUUUAGGUCAAUGUUAAGAAAUAACUUUGCAAGGGGCAGAUAACUGCUGUGAUGAAGGCAAUUUAUUUGUCCACACAUGUGUAUUGAUAUUGCAUUCAUUCACUUAUAAAAAUGUUUCAGAAACCACCAGUAAUAUUGCAUUCCAAUUUUUCAAGUACACCAAAAUACUAUUCACAUUUUUUAUGACCUAAUAUUUCUUCCUUGAACUGGUUAACAUUUUGUUUUUCUUGUAAGCUUCUAAAAUCUGCUUGUGUUUGUUGUUUCCCUUUUUAAUCAGCAUUGACCCCCGACCUUUUAUGUACUGUUUGUUAUUUAUUUGUAAAUCCCCACACUAAUGAGAGUCAGCAAUUUGUGAGUGGUGAGUCAGGGUGCAACCCUCACUAGUGACACUCCCUGAAGAUUACACUCACUGGAGUGUCUAAUAUUAGUUUUACCUACAUUGUUUUAUGGUAAAAAAAAUGACUGCAAAGUGUGAUUUUUGAAAUUUUCAAACUUGUAAACAUUUGUUUUUAUUUAUGACAUUUAUUUCAAUUUUGUAUAUAAUUUUAAUUUAACAAAUAAUGUAAUUUAUUUUUGUUUUAUUUUAAAAAUAAAUUUGUGC